AUGGGCUGCAAUUUGUGCACCUUGCAGAAACGGGAGGAACACUACAAACUGCUGUAUGAGAUUGCACAGGUGAACGGGCGCGACUUCUCCAAGGUCGACCAUGACGAGGCAGUGGUGGAGGCCAUCAGGCGAGACCCCAUUGUUGUCCAGGUUCUGAGGCGAACCCCCACCAGAGCCACUGCAGCUGUCGCGAACAACCACAGCGGCACGCCACAGGAUGUGUGCGUCGUCGACGUUUGCACGCAAACAGACAUCACCUUUGAGCACAUCAUGGCACUGGCCAAGCUUCGGCCUGCUACCCCACCCGUCCCUGACAUCUGUCCCUUCCUUUUGUCUGACAGCUGUCAUUCCAUCCAGACCAUGGAACAUGAGUUUUAUGAAUGUCCAGAGUACCUGUCCAACACCCCAGCAGAGUUGGAGAGGACUGAAGAGUAUGAAUAUGAGGAGGUGGAGCUGUGUAGGCAGAACAGCCAGGAGAAGCUUGGCCUGACGCUGUGCUACAGGACCGAUGAUGAGGAGGACACGGGCAUCUAUGUCAGCCAGGUGGAGCCAAACAGUAUAGCAGCGAGAGAUGGGCGCAUCAAGGAAGGAGAUCGUAUUUUACAGAUAAAUGGCUGUGAGGUGCAAGACAGAGAGAAAGCUGUUGCCUUGUUGUCAAGUGAAGAGGCAAGGAGCAUUAUACUACUGGUGACAAGACCAGAAAUCCAACUGGAGGAGGAGGUAUGGCUGGAUGAUGAGCAACAGGAGCUCGUGGAAGAGCUGAAGAUGGAGAUUCUGGAGGAGAGGAAAAAACAGAGGGAACAUAACUUUGAUAGGGGUGAUGAGCAUCAAGCUGAAGAAGAGAUGACAACAGACACUGCUACCUGUUCCUCCAAUAAUCAAGACAGUGGGUUUGGACGCAGUACAGACAGUCCAGAGCACCAACCCCUACUAGCCAAACUUCACAGGAGGAGUCCAGCCCACUGCCUUAGAGACCGAUGGCGGGCGGAGCAUCCACACACAAGACGAGGGACCGUAGUGCCACAGGACACCCAGAGUCAAAGGACGGUGUCCAAAGGUCAUGAAGGGGUGGUCAGUAUUCGCAAUGGUGGUGGUGGGAUCCUAGGUUUAGAGAAUCGCUUCCAGCAACUUCUGGAGCUCAAGUGUCAAAUCCGAAAUGGAGGGGAGUGUGGAGUGUACUCCAUUCGACACAGCAUAGAGUGUAGCCUCACUGAGCAGGGAGGAGGGGAUGGAGAUGGCGUGGAUAGUGUAGGAGGAGGUGGAGGGGUGGAGCAAGAGUUGAGGAUGCUCAAUGAGGAACUGCGCAGCAUUGAGCUGGAGUGUCAGAGCAUCAUGCAGGCCCAUCAGCUCCGCCAGGCCCACCAGCUGGACCCAUCACAGCCUGCACCUUGCUCACCAGGACGAAGCCCCAAAGAUGGACACAAGCGGCACGGCAGGCUGGCCGACAUCCACGAACACCCAGAGCGGUCGGACAGUGAUAAGGUCAGAGAGAAGGACAGCUCCAGUGCCUACAACACAGCGGAGAGUGCACGGUCGACGCCACUUGGUAUGGAGAGAUCUCCUGACCACUCUCUGCAGAGACACAUCAGCAUUACCAACCAGAAAAACCUCAGACUGGCCACUUCCACACCCUCCAGUCCCAUCCCUAUCCCCAAACCCCAGGGUACACCCACUCGAAGUAGACCAGCAGACCCAGGUCCCGUAAUUUCCAGCAGCCCAGACCAGAGCAAUCCCUCCAGGUCUGAGUCAGACCCUGCCCUGCCUGCAGACGAUGAGAGGUGUGAGAAGAAAGGGAGGGGCAGAGAUUCCAGGAGAGGGCUUCCCUAUGGUUGUUCAUAUCAAACAACCCCCUAUCAAGGCCAGGGAGGAUCCAGGCAGCUUCAGAGCUACAUGCAGCUGCUACAACAGCAUUCAUCCCUGGAGUAUUCCCAGAGUCAGCUGAGUCUGCUCAGUGUCUGUCGAGAUCCCGUGCACCGGAACGGACGCCCUGGGGAACCCCGUCUAGAGUGGAAGGUCAAAGUCCGUGCUGACGGCACUCGCUACGUGGCCCGGAGGCCUGCUCGCGACCGCAUCCUGAGGGAGCGGGCGCUGAGGAUCCGAGAGGAGAGGAGCGGAGGCAUGACCACAGAUGAUGAUGCCAUGAGCGAGAUGAAGAUGGGCCGCUACUGGAGCAAAGAGGAGAGGAAGCAGCACUUGGCUCGGGCCAGGGAGCAGAGGAAGAGGAGGGAGUUCAUGCAAAAGAGCCGUCUCGAGUGUUUAAGGGAGGGACCAGCUAGCGGCGCUGAGGGCAGGAAGGAGAUCAAUAUCUUAGAGCUCAGUCACAAAAAGAUGAUGAAGAAACGAAACAAAAAGAUCCUUGACAACUGGAUGACCAUCCAGGAGUUGAUGAGCCAUGGGGCCAGAGUCCCUGAAGGCUCUAAAGUACACAACGCCUUCCUAUCUGUCACAACAGUCUAA